UCAUUUCAAAUCUGCUUUAGAAAACAAAAUCACUGUCCCCAAAGGAACUUAAAACUUGACAGGAGAUUGGCAUGCAAUCGAAACAGUUAACAGGAGCAUCUUUCUCCUGGUCAGAGAAUUAUGCAUGCCGAUUUGCCUUUGGUGGGGAAUUUGACAAGAUGGUUAUGAACUGAAGCGGAAGAAUCGCGCGCGCACGUCACUUGCCAACGGGGACUCAUCACUACGGUUAGAUAUAGCUCUCGUCUGCUGGCGAAGAGAUUCAUACGUGAAGCUGAGCGUCCAACAGAAGAUGCUUAAUCGGAUCUUCCACUGUAAUUGAACAUCAUUGGCUUAGCAAAGAAAAAAAGAACAGGAGAAUCGGCUUGAUGAAAUGCCAUUCCACUAAAAUAGCACUACAUUUCAAGGAAUAAGAAUGUGCAUCGACUCCCAGUAGUUUCUCAUUAACCAUGUCUCGUUUUUAACUACGACACAUCUAGCCCUGCGUGAGGGAAAGACACUACAAUUAAUGGCCACGAACUAACAACCGCUUAUCCAGUCGUAUAAACCUGUUUCAAUAAAUUUCAAAACAGUUUGACGAGAAAGAAGAUUGCAUUCGCAUCUUUUGAAGUAUGGAUAAAGAAGUAUAGUUCAUGAUAGUGAAUAUUACCCAUGCAAAAUGGCUGAAACAUUGCAGACGUUAUCAUCCAUAACAACAGAGAGUAUGCUUAAUGCAACUACACCGGAGUGGAACUAUGACUGUGACGUCAAUGAUACCAGAAAUGGAACCACCUCAUUUGGCAUCUUUCCAAUUACUGCAAAGACUGUCAUAUUAGUGACUUCAUAUUCUUUAAUUUUUGUGGUAGGGUUAAUAGGAAACGGGCUUGUUAUAUAUGUUGUGCUAAGAUUCGCCAAAAUGAAGACAGUCACUAAUUUGUACAUCCUGAACCUUGCUGUUUCGGACGCAUUGUUUCUGGCUAGUUUACCUUUUCUUAUUGUGACAACAAUCAUAAAACACUGGAUUUUUGGGACAGCCAUGUGCAAAAUUUACUUUGUGUUAUUUUCCAUCAAUUUCUUUGCGAGUGUAUUUCAACUUACUGCGUUAAGCGCUGACCGAUACCUUGCCGUAUGUCAUCCAGUGAGGUCCUCCAGGUAUCGGAAUACAACCAUUGCUUUUCUUGUAUGUCUUGUUAUGUGGUCCGUCUCGUUCAUCAUUAUGCUCCCAAUUAUUCUAUAUUCGAACACAUACGCCAACUCGGACACCAGUCAUCAGACCUGUACCAUAAUGUGGCCAGAAGGUCAGGCUAUUCCAGCAGACAAAGCGUUCACGUGGUACACAUUUCUAUUGGGGUUCCUUAUACCAGUUUCCCUGAUAUCAGUUCUCUAUAUAUCCGUCAUAUUACGUUUACAAAACGUUGGACCGGCCAUCAAAUCAAAGGAGCGAAAACGCUCACAUAGAAAAGUCACACGAAUGGUUUUAGCAGUGAUAUCAGUAUAUGUAGUGUGCUGGUUGCCAUACUGGGUGUUUCAGAUAAAUUUAACGUUCCUAAAACGUGAACUAGAGGAAUGGGAAAUCUAUCUUUUUAAUGGACUAACUGUGCUACAAUUCGCCAAUAGUAUGCUUAAUCCUCUUCUGUACGCUUUUCUGAGUGAAAAUUUUCGUCGCAGUUUUGUGAAGGCUUUUCAGUGUGCGUCAUCAAAUGAUGUAAAUAAGAGCCUUUGUCAUGAGAACAGCAUUUUCCCCAAAUCUAGUCAAAAGAAGAAGACAUCGGUAGAAGAUAAGAAAAAAGCCGAAAAAUUUGAGAUGGCAACUAUGAUUACUACCGCUGAAAAUGUCAACCACCAGCCAAAAAACGGAAGUGCCAGUUCUUUAAAUGAAGGAGACGGGUUAUACGUCGAUAAGGAGAGUCAAACUCUUCAAGAGGACGUGUAAAAGCUGGGAAAAACUUCUGUUUUAAACAAUUUUAUAAUACAUGAUAAAACAAAACAGUUGUUAUUUUGUUUUACUGAUUACACAGUUAAAUUUUGUGUUGUGUUUUUUCAAGAUGAAGUCCAUUAACGAGACUUCAACACAUUUGAUAGUGUUUUUUUAGGAUGAUAUUGUCUAGUUGUGUUGUAAUUUUCAUGAAUUUUUCAUUGUAAGAUUUCUUUUCAGUUGUAGGCGAGGCGAGGAACUUGAUAAAAUAUAUCGACUAACCUCAACUUUUUGAGUUUGUUUAAGAAAUCCACAAAAACGUCUUUUGAUGUGUGUUGUUUGUUUAACUGUUUUGGAAAGCAUAUCCGUCAUAGACCGUUGUGGUGUAUUGUUUUGUGCGAUCUUGUGUUAUGAAAUCUCAGAAAAUAAAGAAAAGUUAUUGAAAAA